AAAUUUGGUAACUAUUCAAGCAAUUAACCAUAAUGGUGCCUACAUAAAGUCUAAACUAUUUUCAAUCAGUUGGAUAGUUUGAUCAGUGACAAAUUUCCUUUUUGUUUGAAUCCAUUCCUUCUCGUUUUUCUGCUUUUCAUUUCUUCUUCUAACAAAUAAAGGAAAUUUAGCUACAGAUUCUUUCUAGUCCAUAAGAAACCAUAGCAAUGAGGUUGGCAAGCACGAAAUUAGGUCGCAAAUGCUUUCACAUGCUCUCUUCUACUUCCCGAUUACAUUCACAUGCUACAAGUUUUGGAUUUAAAGAAGUACAGGAAGAAGAAAAGAGCCGAAUGGUCAAUAAUGUAUUCAGUAAUGUCGCCUCGAAUUACGAUCUUAUGAAUGAUUUGAUGAGCGGUGGCUUGCAUAGAUUAUGGAAGGACAGAUUGGUCUCCAAACUAAAUCCAUUUCCUGGAAUUAGGCAUGUUGAUGUGGCUGGUGGGACAGGGGAUAUUGCUUUCAGGAUCUUAGAGACAGUAAACAGCACUAGAUAUAGAGCAAUUCGAGAUCCCCUAAAUGAUCAUUUACAAGAAGAAACUCAGAUCUAUGUAUGUGACAUCAACCCAAACAUGCUAAAUGUUGGUAGAAAGCGUGCCAUAGAGAGAGGUUUUGGAGAAGACAAGUGCCUUGUAUGGGUCGAGGGAGAUGCUGAAGCCUUGAGUUUUCCAGAUGAUUCAAUGGAUGGUUACACAAUAGCAUUUGGAAUUAGGAAUGUUACCCAUAUCGAGAAAGUUCUUGCUGAAGCUUAUAGGGUAUUGAAAAGAGGGGGAAGAUUCCUUUGCCUUGAAUUGAGCCAUGUGGAAAUUCCGAUGUUCAAAGAAUUGUAUGAUUACUAUUCAUUCUCAAUCAUUCCAGCCCUAGGAGAACUAGUUGCAGGUGAUCGAGGAUCUUAUCAAUACUUAGUUGAGAGUAUACGUCGUUUUCCAACUCAGGAUAAAUUUGCUUCAAUGAUAGCAGAUGCAGGGUUUCAGAAGGUGGAGUAUGAAAACCUGGUUGGGGGAGUGGUGGCCAUUCACUCAGGACUAAAGUUUUGAAGGAAGUCCUGCUAUUUCCCUUUUUUUUCUUUUUUCUUUCUGUUUUAGCUCAGAUUCUGGUCACUGCACAUGAUUCUUUUCGGACAUCGGGAGGCUGCUUUUGUUUCGCUAAAUAUAUUUCCCAAGAAAGCCUUUUUCA